AGCCCUCUCGGGUUCUCUCUGGGAGCUGGUUGGGUCCGGCCUGGGUGUCUGUAUCCCGUCAGGCAGCGCGGCGUCUCCAGGAGACCAGUACCAAACAGAGGCCGGGCGGGAGGGGAGCUAGCUGGCGGGUGGAGCGGGGCCGUGCACAGGGAUCCCGGCUGGGACGCAGGGGUGGGACCCGCGCCGCCUCCUCUUCUGUGCCGGGGGCGGGGAUGAGAAGGUGUUGUCCUGUGAACAUCACUGGAAGAAUAGGAGCAUUACUAAAGAGACUUGAAUAUGAAAGAUACGUUAUAGAUAAACGCAUGUGAUCUCUGUUACAUGGAGCAAUGCUGAAAUUCCAAGAGGCUGUUAAACAUGUCAGUGGUUCCGCACCUAUUUCCACUUGCUCUGAAACCUUGAUUGCAAGAAGAUAUGUUCUUCAGCAGAAACUUGGCAGAGGAAGCUUUGGAACAGUCUAUCUAGUUUCAGACAAGAAGGCAAAACAAGGAGAAGAAUUAAAGGUUCUAAAGGAAAUCUCUGUUGGAGACCUCAACCCCAAUGAAACAGUUGAAGCAAAUCUAGAAGCACAACUACUCUCCAAGCUAGAUCACCCAGCCAUUGUCAAGUUUUAUGCAAGCUUUGUGGAACGAGAGAGUUUCUGCAUCAUCACUGAAUACUGUGAGGGUCGAGAUCUAGACUGCAAAAUUCAAGAAUACAAAGAAGCCAAGAAAAUAUUCACUGAAAGCCAGAUAAUAGAAUGGUUUAUACAGUUGUUGCUUGGAGUCAACUAUAUGCAUGAAAGGCGAAUACUUCACAGGGAUUUAAAAGCCAAGAAUAUUUUUUUGAAAAAUAACCUUCUUAAAAUUGGGGACUUCGGAGUUUCUCGUCUCUUGAUGGGAUCGUGUGAUCUGGCAACUACGUUUACUGGGACACCUUACUACAUGAGCCCAGAGGCACUGAAACAUCAAGGUUAUGACACAAAAUCUGACAUUUGGUCACUGGGAUGCAUUUUGUAUGAGAUGUGCUGUCUGGAUCAUGCAUUUACUGGACACAAUUUUUUGUCUGUUGUGCUAAAAAUCGUGGAAGGCAACACACCUUCUCUUCCUGACAGAUAUCCAAAUAAACUGAACACAGUCCUCCACAGCAUGCUGAACAAGAAUCCUUCUCUGAGGCCAUCUGCAACAGAGAUUCUAAAAAUCCCCUACAUUGAUGAACAAUUACAGCAGAAUGUCAAAUGCAAAUUCAUAAAUAUGGCUCUGAAAGACAAGACAUUUAAUUGUCAGAAAGAAGCUGCACGCAUCGUUAAUGCUGUGCAGAAAAAAGUCCAUUUGCAAACUCUGCGGGAACUGUCUGAGGUGCAGAAAAUGACUCCACGAGAGCGAAUGAGGUUGCGGAAGUUAAAUGCUGCAGAUGAAAAAGCAAAGAAGCUUAAACAACUGGCAGAAGAAAAAUAUCAAGAAAACCUCAAAAGAAUGCAAGAACUGAGGUCCCGUAACUUUCAGCAAUUGAGUAUAGAUGUGCUUCAUGAAUCUGAUGAGCAGACUUCAAAGCAUCUGAUUCAGUCUCAGCCAAUCACUGCACUGGACUACAUAUCCAUAGGACAUAAAGAACCAAGUGAAAAUGAGACACCGGGCAGGCUCUGUAUGUCUGAACCUGUGGAGCACGAGAUCCCUGAAGAUCCACAAAUCGCAGAAGAAUAUUAUAAUGAUGUGUUUGAUUCUUGUUCAGAAACAAGUGAAGAGGAGGAGCAGAGGGAGGAGGAGAAUAUGGAAGUAUCACAGACUGUCUCUAAAACCAGUCAACAGGACAGUGAUGUCAAGGCAAUGGUCAGGUAUUUGGAGAACGUCCUGAAUAACAGCUCUCUAGGUUCUGGGACUGUCACCAGCGUGGCUCCAGUAGUGCCCCAGGGAUCGAGAGCAAUCAACAACACCAUGGCUGAGACCAAGCUGAAACGCAUGAGGGAAUCAGCAAUUCAGAAGCUGGGAGCAGAAGUAUUUGAAAAGGUUUACAGCUAUCUCAAGAAAGCAAGACAGCAGAAUGCAAGUGAAGACGAGAUCCGGGAAUGUCUGGAGAAAGUGGUUUCUAGAGCAAGCGACUGUUUUGAAGUGGAUCAGCUUCUCUACUUUGAGGAUCAGCUGCUUGCCUUAGCUCCAGUGUAAAAUGUACAUCAGAAAUGGACAACACUGGAGAUAUGUGAAAAUGCUGAGCUACACCCUUACAGGCCAGCAAACAAGUACUGUAUUAUUGGGGGUCAGAAAGGUGUCCAUCAUGGUGACAAUCUUUUUUCCCCAUUUGUUUUAUUGCAUCAAGAAGUGUAUUCCCUUAGGUCCAGAUUUUUCACCCACGGGUUGUUCCCAUUGACUUUAAUGGUGCAUGAUCAGGGUCCCAGUGAGGUCAGUGGGAGUUUUGCCAUUGAUUUCUAUAGUAGCAAGAGUGGGCUUUGAUCCAGCAAGACAUUAAGCACAUACUUAAAUGCUUUGCUGGAUUUUGCCUUGGACAGCAGUAUGUAUAUAUGAGUGUGUUUGUGUGUUUAUAUACACAUAUGUGUGUAUAUAUGGUUACUCAAUUAUCAGAAAUCACACAUUAGUUAUUGCUCUGUUGAAGGCCUGUAUUUCACCUGAGUGCCCUUUGAAAGAGCCAUGCAAAAGAGAGAGAGAGAGAGCGAGAGAGAGAGAGACAUGAAGCCCGACCUGAAGCCUGCUGAAAUCCAUGAAAAUAUUUCCAUGAACUUCUGUGGGUUUUGGAUCAGGCCCAUAGUAUACAACUAGAAAAAUAAAUCCAUUUUAGCUUGUUCACA